GCGGGGAAGCAGCGGCACGGCAUGGCAGCGCGGCGGGGCUGAGCGCCGAGCCCGGUACCGGCAGCCGGCCCGCAGGCUGCAGUGGUCAACAUGGAUUUUCUCUUCAUCUGCCCCUUUCUGCUGGCGCUGCUGCUGUCCCGGGGCAGCUUCGCAGAUCUGGAAAAGCAGAGGGUGGACUCUGGCUUGGAAAUCUACAAGAAGCUGUUUGAGGUGAAGCGCAAGGACCAGAUGAAUGCACUGAAGAACCUGAUCGAGCUCAAUGACAUCAACCAGCAGUACAAAAUCAUUGACAUCAUGCUCAAGGGACUGUUCAAAGUGCUGGAGGACUCCCGGGCUGUUCUCAUCGCUGCCGACGUGCCUCCUGAUGGGCCUUUCCCUCAGGACGAGAAGAUAAAGGAUGCGUACUCCCACGUGGUGGAGAACACCGCCUUCUUCGGGGACGUCGUCCUGCGCUUCCCCAAGAUCGUGCACCACUACUUUGACCGCAACUCCAACUGGAACAGCCUGAUCCGCUGGGGCAUUGGCUUCUGCAACCUGACGGGCGUGUUCGAGCAGGGACCCCACUCCCAAGUCCUGGGUCUGAUGGCUCAGGAGCUGGGAAUCAGCGAAAAAUCACCUGAUUACCGCAAUCCCUUUAAAACAGACCACUCAGAGUUUUUCCCCAGUGCCGACACCUUCCAGAAGGCGCUGCGGGAGGAGGAGAAGCGGAGGAAGAAGGAGGAGAAGCGGAAGGAGAUCCGCAAGGGCCCACGCAUCUCCCGCUCGCAGUCAGAGCUGUAGCGCCUGGGGCUUAUGCCUCGUGGUGGGGGUGACACUGCCAGGACAUGGAGCCCCUUGCCCCCUCUCGGCAGCCAUGGGGCAGUGCUCGGUGGUCCCCUUUCCAUUUGUGCCACGGGUUUUGUUUUGUUGCCUUUCCCUUUUGUUCGGCAGGGGCUGGGCUGCGGUGUCAGUGGGUUGUCCUCGCAGGGCUGCGGAGAACUGAAGUGGGAGACCCCUUCCGCAGAGCCAAGCACAGCUGGGAAGGCAGCAGGGCCAUUGACUGGGCUGGCUGGGGUGCUGCCCCCCUCGAAGGGGUAGAGCAAGGGGCACGUGCUGCAGCUGAGCCCCACGGGGAGCCCUCCCCUCCACGGCACAGGGUGUCCCGUGCUGAAUGCGCCUCCUCCGUCGUGGGUGGGCUGGGGAGCACGUCACACCGCACAGCCUCAUGAGCAAUGCUGCUUCUCUCAGU